GUGAAGCAAACCUCAGUAUCCUGCAUUUGUUCAACAAACUUGACUUAUCAGUGGCAACAAUUAACGAGACUGCACGAAUUUUAACACAGCCUAUGAUUUUUUAGGCAAAUGGGCAAAGCUAUCGAGUAUCGAAACUUCAGUCCCGAUUUUCUCCAAUGUAAAUACCGGCAUUAUUUCCUGCGAAACUCCUUUUCGCUAUCCUAUAGGCCUUAACUAAGCUUGCUUCAACAGCACACGUUAUUCAUUUCGAAUCACCAUCAAAUUGGAUUCAAAAAUCCAAAUAGCUUUUAUUUGAAACAAUAUGAGACUUUGCCGUUCGUUAUGCAAGACUAAAUCCCCCACACGGGAAGACAAAAAAAUAGCAUGUGUGCUCUUUUCUUUAUGGUUUCUAAUACUAGUUGUUCUUGCAGCAAUAGUCUGUCUGAACCGACGGAACGCAAGUGUCACGCGUCCAACGAAGAACAGCAAACUCGACCACUAUGAAAAUUCUGGAGAAGAAAAUCCUACUGUAACAACCAGUAUCUUGUAUCAAACUGGACAUAACAUGCCAUUUAAUGACGUAUGUCCACAGCAAGGUGAGGGAAUGAAGUUGAUGAUUUUGGUGACGUCCGCUACUAGUCGCGUUUCGCGACGUAAAACUGUACGUUCCACUUGGGGAAGUGUUGCUUUCCGCCAAGAUAUUGGCCUGGCUUUCAUGCUUGGCAUUACUAAAAAUAAUUCGAUAAAUGAACAAAUUGAACGAGAGAACCUCCUCUACGGUGAUAUAAUUCAGGGUAUGUUCGUUGACACGUAUAACAACCUAACACUGAAAACGAUAUCGGCACUGGAAUGGAGUUGGACUUACUGCAAUCGUGUCAAAUACUUGUUGAAGACGGACGAUGAUGUCUACAUUCACAUGCCGGUGUUAUUAGCUAUUCUGGACGAGGUCGUCAAUCGCCGUCAAACUAUCCUGGGUCAUUUGGCAAAGGGUUGGAGACCGUCUCGUGACAUUCAUUCCCCGUACUACAUCUCCAAAACUCAAUUCAGUGAGUCAAAAUACCCCAACUUCCACACGGGGCCCGCUUACGUCCUGACUAGCGAUAUCGUCGAGCAACUUUAUCGAGCUGCGUUGAAUGAAACGUUUUUCAAACUGGAGGAUAUUUUCAUCACUGGGAUGAUAGCGAAUAAUCUUCCUAACAUACAGCACCACCAUUACCCCCAAUUUUUGAACAGUCGUCCAAAAAUUGAAAAAAUACGUGAUACCUGUGCUAUGGCAAAGCUAGCCGCAGUGCAUGAGAUCAAGGAAGAGGAUAUGUUCGAUCUGUGGAAGCGAUUAUCUGAUGGGCUCUCUAAUUGCUAAUCCUUGAACUAUGGAGAAAAUACAUCAACUCGAUUUUUUUUUUCCAAUUUUUACUUUAGGUCGUUUGUGUGUAGGCAGA